AUGCCAGAGUUUGGUCGAUGUGAUGAUCCAUCAUGUACUGAAAAAGCUGUUCGUUUAUUUGAUUGUGCUCAUCAUUGCAUGAAAAUGAUUUGUCUUCAACAUUUAAUUGAACAUGAUUGUUUAGUUGAAAAUAAUAAACGACAAUUAGAAAUUAUUCUACCAGAACUUAACCGUCUUUAUUCAAUCUAUUCAUCAAUAAUUGACGAAGAUAAAAUUCGUUAUGAAUAUGAACAAAAGUUAGAUGAUUAUAAAAAAUUAGUAAAUGAAGUUAAUAAUUUGUUGGAAAAUAAUUCAAAUGAUAUUGAACAGUUUCGAUUAAUUAUUGAAAAGUUAAAGCAAACAAUUAAUGAAAAACAAAAACAAUCAGGUGAUCAUUUAACGAUUGUUAAAGUUGAACCAUUUGAAGAAAUCUCAUCAUCAACAACGAAUUUAGAUACUAUUGAAAAUACAAAUGCACUGAACCAAUCAGAAAAUAAAACAAUUAUUGCCACCGAUGAUGACGAUUAUAGCAUUAAUACAAAUAUUCAAAUUCAUCGAAUUACUGGUCAAUGUCCACUGUGGAUAAAUGGCUCCUAUGGUCUCAAUCAAGAACAUCAUUUUCAUCGUUUAUGUCGGAAAAAACGUUUUGCUGAUUUAAGUAAUCAUAUACGUCAAUAUCAUGGUUUUUUAGCACCAAUUGCUAAUAUUAUUGCAAGAGCUGUUUAUUCGAAAAUACCAGUUACAAAACGUUUAAUUCCGAAUAAUCUACAAGUUGCUGAUCCACGACGAAGUUUUUUUUGUCCGCUACGUGUUGAUUGUCAAAAUCAUUGUUGGUUAUCAGCAUCCUCUCUUCGAACUCAUCUUAUUGAUGUACAUGAUAUGAAUGAAUCGAUGGCAGAAGUGAAAGUUAAAAAAAUUAAAAUAUUAAACAAAAAUAAGCCAAUGUCAAAAAUUAAAAAUAAAAUCUUGCAAAUUAUUAAAAAAAUCGAAUCCACAAGUAAAGGUCAAAAGCGAACACAUAGUAAGUCAAAUUUAUCAUUUAUUAUUAUUAUUAGUUCGAAUCUGGUACACAUUAUAGUUGCUCAUACAACUGAAUAA